ACCCGCCCAGCAGCCCUCUGCAACGUCGCUCUGCUCACUCUCCUGCGCCCACGACGCCCUGCAGCACCACGGCGAGCCCCGCAGGCCUGCGAUUCUUCCGUUCGCUACGCUGCGACGUCACAGAGUGGCCCCGUUCCUCUGCCGCCUGCAAGACCACUCUGCGGGCCCACUCUGGAUUGCUUCGACUCCGCAACACACAGCGAUCAUUCACAGCCCGCGAUAUCCUGCGCCUGAAGAGCUGCGACGCUCUGCAGCCUGUCUGCCAUGCCUGCUGCGACGCAGCAUCACCCCCACACGCCGCGCGUGCGCAACGGCGAGCCUCAGCCCGCUCCAAUCUCCGCGAACGAGCCCGUGUCCGCGAGGCGUGACUUGACCUCGUGGUGGAGGACCUUUAGCAAACGCGCAGUCAAGAAAGAGGAAGAACAGAAAGCAGAAGCUGCACAACAGGGCAUAUUCGGUGUACCCCUCAUCCAAAGUAUACCCUAUGCUAAUGUAGCAAUAUCACUGUUCAACGAACACGGCGAGAGCUACAUAUAUGGCUACGUACCCAUUGUAGUCGCCAAGUGCGGCGUUUUCCUCAAAGAGAAAGCAACUGACGUGGAGGGUAUUUUCCGGUUAGCAGGCUCAGAAAAGAGAAUCAAGGAGCUCAAGACUGCGUUCGACACCCCACCACGAUACGGCAAGGGCCUGGACUGGACAGGCUACACAGUUCACGAUGCAGCCAACAUUCUACGCAGAUACUUCAACCAUCUGCCAGAACCCAUCAUUCCUCUGGGCAACUACGACAGCUUUCGACAGCCACUACGAAAUCACCAAGCAGAGGCUGUUGGCCCUAUUGAAGGUCAGGCACCCUCAAUUGGAGGCUUCGACGCAGACGCAGCUGUACGCAACUAUCAGCAUGUUAUCAAGAGCUUGCCAUCCCUAAACCGCCAAUUGCUACUAUACAUCCUGGAUUUGCUCGCAGUAUUCGCUGCGAAGGCCGAUGUCAAUAAGAUGACAACAUCCAAUCUGUCAGCGAUCUUCCAGCCGGGUAUACUAUCUCACCCACAGCAUGAUAUGUCCCCACAAGACUACAGGCUAAACCAGGAUGUACUCAUUUUUCUCAUCGAUAACCAAGACCACUUCUUGAUUGGUAUGGAAGGCACAGCUGUUGAUGAAGGUACCGUUAAGCAGAUCGAGAGCGGGCCCAACACACCACAAGUACGGACACCGACAACUCCUGGGCGAAACAACUCAGGCAUCAACCGCUCAGCUUCUACAUCAUCGAGCGCGGGUGCCGACAGUUUACGUAGAUAUGGUGGUGUUCGCCGCAACGUUUCGACCUCGUCCAAGCGUUCACGUCAUUCUGGAGCUAUUCCAAGCCCUGUUACUCCAGGCUUUGUGACCCCACCCACAUCUGGUGUACAUAGAAGCAACACUUUGCCGUCGAAGCGAUCUCCGGCUCUCAAUAGCUCUCGUUUCGCAAACAGACCUUCGGGACCAUCGACACCUACAGCAGAAGAUGGCAAGGCGUUACUGUCGCCCAACACAAUCGAGUCUGCAGCGGCAAAUAUCCCUCAGCCUGAGAAGAGUGCAAGCGAAGCAGAUGUCUCGAAAGCGCCACAACCUAUUCCGAGCCAGACGCUGCGAGUCAACGUACCACAAGAGCCUGCUCAGCCGGCGCCUGUGCCCGAAGAUGCUGUCCCGAAACGCGCAAUGACUCUUCCUCCUGGCAAGAUUGAGCUUCCCAAGCCUGCUUUCGCGCAAGUAACCCAGCACCCUAGGGCCAUGGCAGAUACUCCAGCACUGGAGUCCAUUCCUGGAGCAUUCCCGCCAUCAACGCCAGGCGUCGUUCCGCCAAGUGAGGUCAACACUCCGAUCGCUUCCGUUCCUGCCUCUAUCCCUGCCUCCGUUCAAGCAGCGCACGUAUUACACCCUCCACCUGCCCAAGGUUCGGGCCGCCGUAGCCCGCAUAUGACCCCAACUCGCGAACGGUCAGAGUUCCUCGAAGCACCAGUUGACUCCGGUCCAUCGGUCGAGCCAACUCCAGCUGUCCGCACGUUUACUCAGAUACUUGCGAAGGUAUCUCAGUCGCCUUCCGAUAUAAAGGAUGGAAAAGACAAGGACGGUCGUAAGCCGAACAAGUUACAGAAGAAGCGGCUUCCGUCAGGUCAGAUUCCCAGCGCUCACAGUUCGACCACGUCCUUGACUGGUCAACUCGCAAGCCUGGAUGCCAUUAGCGUUGCUCCUGCGCCUGCAUCGCCUCUGUUCCCACCACAAGCUCCUUUUGCAUCACAAUCGCACACUAGCGGUUCGAAAGACGUGCUGCCUUAUGCUAGUAACGACACAUUCUCUUCACGAAAUUCUGGGAACACCUUGAAGCCUAGCAUGUCUCCAUCAGCUUCCUUCAGAUCUCAUUCGACGGCGACCGAGUACUCGGAAGCCGAGUUGAACGAAGAGCCUCCUCUUGUAAAAGAGGAGAAGGAGAAGCGCAGUUUCUGGAAAGGACACAAGCGUGGCGAAAGUAAGGCCACACCUACGGCAAGCCAGACCGACCUGCAUGGUUCAGUACCCGGCGGCGACAAGAGCAUGAGCUCCUUUGGUAGCAGUUCAGGCUGGGCCACAGGUGGACGUCGAAGUGGCCAGUUCGACUCCAACCAGACACCGGAGACAUCGAUGGUAUUUGGCAGCCCGCCAGAUGGUGACCGCUCCUCAGACAAGAAGGGCACAUUCGACUGGUUUCAUAAGAUGAGACAUGAUCACCGAGAGAGAUCUGACAAGAGGGAGCGAGCUAAGAGCCCUCCUGGCAGUAUGAGUAAUAUGCCUUUGCCGCAGAACUUGACGAAGCCUCGCGAUAGUCUCCCCAUUAGAGACCGAUCUACGGAUGCUCCGAGGUCCACAGGCGAUGAACCCAACGAUGUGACGCCCACCGGAAGCAGCCCUGCUGCGCAGAUUACCUCGUCAGUAACCGACACACGGCAGCAAGCGCCACCAGUGGCAGCGAACCCCCAGCCACAACAGACUGUGGGAGCCACAGCUGGACCCCCACCUGCUACUGCGAAUCCUGUUCCAGUAGCCAUACCUGAGGAAUCAAUCGCGCAAUCCGCGCCUGAUGCUCUUGCUCUCAAGGACUCGGCGACGACGAUCCAGCCAGGCACUCAGCCUGCAACAGAGCCUUCAUCGCCCGCGAUCCAGCAGCCCGUGCCCUUCACUCCAAUCAGCCAGGUGCUGCAAUCCUCUCAAGAGGAACCCAGGACGCCUACAGCUACAUCGCAUCCCGUCCUCCAUGCACCGUCGCCAGCUAUCGCUGAAAUCCUGGCUGCGCCAGCGAGGAGCUUCAGCAGAUCUCCAGAGCGGGCAACUCCAUCACCUUCGAGAUCCCCACCUCCUAAUUCGACCCAUUGAGGUCUUCACUGACGUUCAUGUACAGUAGAGCAUUACGCGCUACUACAGCGCUUUGAUACGCGGAGUUCGGGCUUGUUUCGAUUCUGGAUACCAUGUUUUCAAGAUGACGGCUGCUUGGAUGCCCCAACAAGGGUACUGAGGGCGUUCGGUAUGGGUUAGGAUACACAUCGAUCCUGGGCGAGGGAGUUUGUUUGGAUGGGUUGCAUGUAGUGAAGAGCGAUGAGCGAUAAUCAGUUGGCGCGAAUGUCUCUGACGAUGUAUAGGCGAGGCAGCGGUAGUAAUAAUAAUCUCUUUAAUAUUGUCGAA